ACGCAUCCAUCAAACGCAUCCAUCCAACCAACGCAUCCUCAACUGCUCGUCAGACUCAUCGUCCGAUUUCGCCCUUGCACUCCACUCAGCUAUGCCUCCCCCAACGCCCUCCGAUGAUGCGUCAUCGCACACGAAGCCCUCUGCAACUCUCGAUCAAAUCACAUCAUUCUCUCGACUCCAUCGCCCCGUCCUUGGCCCUAACUCUGACUCCGACUGUGUCCACUCCCCCGACUCUAUCGCCUCAGCCCAACUGCCGCCACAUCAGAUUCCCGAGCGUACCAGUAGCAAGAGAAAGGUCCCUUGGAACCGAGCCUUUGGGCACAUGAGCACUGAGGAGCUGCAUUCCGCCAAGAGCAAGGCGCGACUGGAAAUCUAUGAGACCAGGAAGAAGCUGAAGAGACAAAGUUCCAUGGACGCGGAAUACUGGAAGAACUACUCCCAGGUUUUCCAGAUGCAACACGAGGCGGUUGCCAUUAAGGCAGAACUCGCAUUUCAAUCUUUCAAGACACGAGUCAACACAAAAACCGAAAACGAGUGGCAUGAUAGCGCAGAGGCCAAUGAAUUCAAUGUCCAGCUUCGUGGUUGGCAGCAAUUCGACAGGCUUGCGAAAAAGCACCUUUCCAAGCUAGAACGACGUUUGGAGACGGGCCGUGAGACCUGGGUCCGCCUCUUUGCUACAUCCAGGCUAGGGUUAAGUCUCAGUGGAAGCGUCAGAGAGCGUACCAAGAGAGAUCAGAGCAACUUCGUCGCGGCCAUGAUCAAGGCAUACUGCCCGAACGCGCCAGCAGAAUUAGGUCGAUGGGACCCAGUGCUGCAGGUGUGGGCGAGAGGUAAUUCUUGCAAAGCAGCCCAUCUCUUUCCUUGGCGACAAAUCGAUUCAAUGGACGACAUAUUUGGGAAAGGAGCAAGCAGUGAAAUCUUCUCGCCAGUCAAUGGCCUAUUUUUAGACACCGAAAUCGAAGACGCCCUUAACAAGGGUCUCAUCGCCAUUGUCCCAGAUGUCGAGCUGGAACCAAGGGACCCUCACGUGCCACAAGACGACCAAGAUGAGCGGCAGCAACGCAUUCGGGAGUGGGAGUCCCAACCGAUCAAGGAGUUUAAGGUCGUUGUUGUCAACAAACUCAGCCCUGAGGUUACAAAGUCCAAAUUCUUCAAAGACCGCGAAGGAGUAUCGACGCUUAUGGACCUCCACAAUCGAAAGCUCGUCUUCAAGACCGACUUCCGUCCUCGAGCUAGAUAUGUCUGGUGGACAUUUCUCAAUACUAUCCUACGCACUGCGUGGAACGCUAAACUUGAUCACGGUAACGUACAGCACGUCGAGGUGCGUAAGGCAACGCGGUACUGGGGAACCCGCGGUCGAUAUGUCAAAGAAAACCAGCUACUUGGUUUUAUCGAGGAGCUCGGCCAGGAUGUCAACAGCAUUCUGAACUGCGCCAUCAACGAUGAAGGCGACAAGGAGCCAAGCUCUUGUGGUGUGACUGUCGCUGCGCGCGAUGCUAUGGAGCGAUCGGUACAGUCUCAGGUGCAGGAUGGAGUUGAAGAGGAAGAGUAUGAAGAUGACUCGGAUUCGGAUCAGGAAUCGGAUUAGCUUUUUGGUGCAUUGCCCUCUGAUGCAACUGGGAGUGGCUUGUUUGUGUUGGCUGCAGACCACGAUCCGUCAAUCUUAGCACUACUCCGUACCGACUCAAUAAAUUGGCACUGUUUUUAUGGACUAAAGCUAAGCUAUGUAAGGCUUAGAUUUCCUAAAUCAUUUCUUAUCAUUAGGUGUAAGAAAGCCUGAAGGGAAUCAGUGGGGAAAGGAUUCAGGGCCAAUUUACUGAGUCGAUCCGGUAUUUG